CUAAAGAACAGUUAGUUUCCUAUUUAUUUAUUGGUUGCAGGGAAAAAAGAGCCAAAUGCAGAUCUAAUUCUGUGUUGUAACUGAUACAGGCUUUGUCUAAAAUGGCCCAUGGACCGAUUUUACUGGUCAUACUGGUUUCUUAUUUUAGAUAAGAUAUUUGGAAGAAAACUUCUUCAAAAGCAUGUUCUUGUCUGUUCAGUUUCCUUUUCUCAUGCGUUUCAUGCAUUUCAGCUUGGAUUAUAUAGCCUAAGACAUUUGGGUUAUAUUUUACCCUUUAGGUCUACUCAUCAUUCCUGUGUGAGAUCAUUGUAGCUGAACUGACUUUAUUCUCCUGCUGUUGUGCCUCUUCCUAGGCUAUGGCUACUAAUGGGCUUUGUCCUCUUUGUUUUGCUGAACAGAAGAUCUUGUUGCAGUAAAUUCGUGGAUUUAGUUACGUUGCUAUUUGUGGACUUAAUCUCCGCUUUCCUGCUUUGAUGAUGUGACUGGAUUUCACAAGUAUUUUGAUGCUGUGAUGGAUAAACUGAGGAUGUAAUCUCCAGUCCUCAGGCAAGGGGGAUAUUUACGGUCCAUGUUUGCACUAAGUGUUUAUCUGCACAAGGGACACUGCAGGAAACAAAAGUUGUGGACCAAAGGUGUGGCUCUCAGGACCAUAGUCCUCUGUGGAUAAAUUGCUUUAAAAAUGGUGACCCAAAAUGAGAUUUAACAAAGUGCUUGGGUCAAGUCUGAAACACAUAGCAGUUUUUAGCACCACAUCAUGUGGUUCCCAUCUCUAAGAUUUCCUGGUUUCCUGGAAUUGCUGGCAGGCUGUGCCUUGCCAGAGUAGGGGGGCACUGGGGCUGUUCCCUCCAGACUGUCGACUUCUCCCUCUUGGCUGGGCCACUGGAACGUGUGUGCGUGUGCGUGUGCGUGAUGGAUGUAAUUUGGCUCGUUAGAGAGAGAGAGAACAGUGGAACAGUAUAAGUGUUGCUGUUGAUUUAAAAAAAACAUUUCAGAUUUUGGCUAAAAGAUAAAAAAGUUACAGGUAAUGCAAUAGUGCUUUUAACAAAUAAUUAUGCUUUAUUCUGAAAGUUAUACCUGACUAAGAUAAAACUCUUUUGAGCUCUCCUAAAUCAGUAGAUUAAAAAUUAGUACAAAACAAAAAGCAGCAGUUACAUACUAAGAUAGUUCUUGGUUUUCUAGAAAAAAAAUCAUUGAGAUUUCCUUUCCAACAAUACUUCUGAAGCACAGAUAAAAUGGCUUCCUGUCCCAUGGUUUCCUGUAUCCAUGACAACCUGACUUUAAGCAUUUCUUUCUUAGUUUCCUGAGCAAACUGUUGCAAGUCCUGGGUCAAAAUGUGAGUGAUACAGUAUGCAGCAAUACUGCCUUUACGAAGGUUUCACAGAUGAGUAUAGUCAAUCAGCUUAUACUACAAUGAACUACAAACAGCAAAAUAAUGGAAAUAAUGAAUUUCAGAUUUGGGCGAAGUCAGAGAUGAGUAAGAAGGCCAAUGACAGGGAUAUGUGUGUUCUGCAAAGUUCUCCACCCUACCCAGGAGCAUUCCUGUAUAUACUUAACUGGGUUUUUUUGUUGCUGCUUCAGAAGGAGGCUUUUGGCUGUCCAUCUGCUUGUCAGCUCUGCACAGGGAGACAAGUUAGCUGUUGUAAUGCAGGGCUUUCGAGCAUCCCUUGGAACUUACCAAAAACGACAAUUCUUGCGUACCUCAGUGGAAAUAAUAUAUCACAUGUGACUCCAAAUGAACUAAGAGGGCUUCAGAAGCUUGCUGCACUCCACAUGGAUAACUCCAGUAUUCUGUAUGUACACCCAAAAGCUUUUGUGGAGCUCCCCAAACUGUGCUACUUGCAUCUCAAUAACAAUAAUAUUAAACGCCUGGAUCCAGGAAUCUUUGAAGGCCUUUCCAAUCUUCAUUGUUUAUACCUUCAGAAUAAUCAAAUAGCUUUUCUUCCCAGAGGAUUAUUUAGUGAUCUUUUUUCUGUUAGGUAUUUAUCGCUUCAAAGAAAUCGUCUCAGUGUCCUUGGAAGUGGGACUUUCUUGGGUAUGAUGAGUCUCCAAACACUAAACCUAGCCAAUAAUAAGAUUUCAUGGAUAUCAGAUUCAGCAUUUCAUCAUCUUGAAAACCUUGCAUAUUUGUUUCUUGAAGGUAACAGCUUAAAACUUGUACCAUCAAAUGCUAUUGGAAAGCUCAAAAAUCUUGAAAGACUUUCAUUGUCUCACAAUCCUAUUGGAUCGAUACAGUCUUUUGCAUUUAAAGGACUUAAUAAGCUUAGAUAUCUGUCUUUGAAAAAUGUCAGGCUAAAAUGUAUUGCUGUAAAUGGAUUUUUUGGAUUAAACAACCUCAACCAGUUAAUCUUAAGUUAUAAUGAUUUGGAAAAUAUAAAUUCCAGCACUUUUACUGUAUUAAACAAUUUAAUGUAUCUGCAGCUAGACAGAAAUAAAAUAGCCAGUAUUGGUGAUGGUACCUUUGAAAAAAUGGGACAGUCACUUAAAAUGCUCAGUUUAGCAUUUAAUAAUAUUACAGAGUUACAACCUGAAGUGCUCAAGCCUUUAGUAUCUCUGACUCACCUUCAGGUAAAUUCUAAUCCUUGGAACUGCAGCUGCAAAAUGCUUCGGUUACUUAAUUGGCUGGCAUUGUCUCCCAUUUCUGUAAGAAUUCAUUGUCAGAAUCCGCAGAGUAUGCGUGGUAGACCUUUGCAUUACAUUAAGGGGACUCAGUUUUCAAACUGCGUUAGCCCUACUGCCAGCCCAGAGACUGCUUGGAGUCUGGGAUCUAUGGGUGUCCAUCGCAGCGCUACCAUGUUGCUGAUGGCGUGGCAAAAAGGAAAGAGUCAGAAACUUGAGCAGUUUGUCAAUGCAGAAACAAAAUAUGUUGCUUUCUGGGAAGGAACUACAGCUACAUUAGCUACCCCUUUGCCCUAUGAAGGAAAUGCUGUUGAAAUUCCAUCACAGGCAACUACAGUAUUAUCAACUUUACCAGUGCAAAUACCAACACAGAUUAUAUCUACUAACAGAACUGUAGAAGAACAAGAUUUAUUUCCAAAAGAUGUUGCUCCUGUGUCAUUAAAAACAUCCCUGAUUUGUACACAAAAGGUUGAAAAGCUGAGUCAGGCUUUUGACAUUUUAUUAGCCUUUUUCAUUCUGGCUUGUGCUGUAAUCCUGUUCUUAACCUGUAAAAUUAUUCAGUUUAAGCAGAAACUAAAGGUGCUGGAAAAUUCAGGGGAAAAGAGAAUAGAAUAUUAUGGCUUUUAUCAGCCUGGCAGAUAUAACAUAACUGACCCAGUGCAGUCUCUAACUCAGAAAUCAGUGGUACAUUCAGAACUGGACCAAAUUAGGCUGCUCAAACGAACAGCAUCAGAAAGUCAGGCACAGGUAAUACUGUUUGAACAUUCAUCAUUGUAAUUUAUCUCAAUUUAUUUGGUGUUAACUUUACUGUGAUAUGAAAGGUCAAGAAAUCAAGAACUCAAUUUUCUAAAAAUACCUUCACUGAUUAAAAGCAACUGCCUGAUAUGAUUGUGGAAAAUGGCACAAUUUGAGUUCUGCAUUUUUUUUUUGCUUCCUGAAUGUUUUGAAGUUUAUUAUUUUAUUAUGUGUCAUUUAAAUCUGACACAGAUAAGUUUAUUAUCCUCUGUCCCUGUUUUUAGGAAUCUUUCACCUAAAGGUGAAGUAUACAUGCAGUAUAAAGUACAUUUUUAUUUAAUUUGCAAUACUUAGUAUGUUCCUACAGAAAUUCCAUAGCUAACUUGAAGCUUGAAGCAAGCAAAACAUCAGUUCUUAGUAGGAUCACAAAGCUAAAGAGUCUUGGGGAAUGAGAAAAUAAAUAGUGCUUUAUGUAUUUAAUGCAGUUUUUACCCUGCCUCCUAUUAAUAAGCACAGUGGGAAAAAAAGUGAGCAUAUUUACUGCUGGAAUGUUCCAACUCUCGAGGAAGAGAAUAAUUUAAAACUAGACAAAUUUUAUUAAUACCUAUAACAUAUUUUAACAUACAAAGUUGUGUAUUCAGUCUGUGUAAUAAAUAUAUUAAAGUGACUUUUUUGUUAGUGUGUAUCUGUAUUAUUUUAUUAAAUACCCCAAACUGGAGUUAAGGGAACCCAAGUUUCUGUUGAAUUGAAAAAUUGAACAAGUUUAUUAUGUCUAAGGUAAUAGAACUGGUUAAUUACUUUCAAUAAAAGAUACUUUGUCAUCUAUGUAGUAAUAGUUUGAGGGACUUUUUGGCUAGAUAAGAGGUACAAAUUGAAGAAAUACACUACACUGUAAAUACAUGAUGCUAAAUUAAUUGCUAACUUAUUUACAUUUUUGGAAGUGUCAGGUCAAAAUACAUGUUCCUAGU